AUGGCCGAACUGCCCCCUCGCCGGCCGCCCGGGCGCUGCAGCGGCUGAGGUCGCUGGGAUCGCCCGGCCGCCGCCCCCACUGCCGGCCCCUGCAUGCCCGGCGCCCGGGUCGCAGCCCACCUGGACGCUCUGGGCCCCCUGGUCUCCUACGUGCAGCCACCGCUGCUGCCCUCUAUGUUCUACGUGGGCCUGUUCUUCGUCAACGUGCUGAUCCUCUACUACGCCUUCCUCAUGGAAUACAUCGUUCUCAACGUGGGCCUCGUCUUCCUGCCUGAGGACUUGGACCAGGCGCUGGUGGACCUCGGCGUACUCUCCGACCCCGGCUCUGGUCUUUACGAUGCCGACUCGGAGCUCGACGUCUUCGAUGGGUAUUUGGAGUGAGGUCUUAAUAACUGUUCCCCACUUGCCCUCCACCAUCGGCAACUCUUGGCUUGGACCAGCCGCCCAUAUCAAGCCACUGCCACUGGUUGGGGGCUCCAUCUAAACCGGGAUGGGACCCCAGGAAGAGGCCGGCCUGCUGGUGCCAACAACCGGGUUCCUACCCCAACCCAGAAGUCUGCCAGGAGAGCUGGGGACUCAGUGCCAAGAUGGGGGAGUUGCCAGGCCCUACAGGAAGGAGAAGGCCUCCAAAGACCUCACCUACCACCCAGUCCUCCACCAUCCUGGAUCUGGCUUGUGACUCUCCGCCUUUGCAAUGGAUGUUUACAGGAACCCAGCCAGAGGUCGCCUCUCUGCACCUUACCCGCAGCUGCCACCCACCUCCCCCACUUGACCUCUGGAAUGGACCUGCCGAGCUGAAGUGGGAUACGAAUGG